CCUUGUGAGGCAGAGAUGGAGGGGGAGCUGCCUAUAUAAGGGGCCCCGGCAUUCCUCCUGAGCCCAAGAUUAGCGAGUGCUGCUUUGCAUGGUGUAGGCUUUGGAGUGGGGGGAGGAGGAGGAGCAGCCACUGCCGAAGCCUAUAUUUACUCUUGGGAGACCCAUGGGCAAAAUCCGUUUAAAUGCUUUUUAAGAGAUCUCGGAUCCCCAGCAGCAACUGCGCCUCGGGGUGUUGCAAAAGCUCAGAGUUCACCGGAGAGCCCCCCUGGCAUUACACCUAGCCACCCGGGAAGGAGGAAGGCUUCGGGACUUGGAGCUUGCAUGCCUUCCCUCUAGCCUGGCCUGCUCUGGCUUCUGAAGACGGACAUGCUGGAAAUGUGUUGCAUACUUAAAAACUAUACCCCCUACUGACGGAGGCCUAAGAAGCAAAAUCCUCCCUUGACGGUAAUGAUGACCGGGUACUUGGACGAAUCAGACAUCAUGAUGGUGGAGGAGGGCUUCACCACCAGGGACCUCCUGGAAAACCUCCUCCUGCGGGUUUCCCAGACGGGUAGCCGAGAAGCCUUCUUUGUGGCCGAUCUCGAGGAUGUGGUGAAGAAACAUUUGCGCCUCCUCAAGGCCCUGCCCCGCGUCCGGCCCUUCUAUGCCCUGAAGUGCAAUGGCAGCAAAGGAGUGGUUCAGAUGCUGGCGGGGCUGGGGGCCGGUUUUGGCUGUGGCAGCCAGAUGGAGAUAGCCCUGGUGAAAAAUAUUGGCGUCCCACCAGACCGAAUCAUCUGCACCAGCCCUUGCAAGCAGGUCUCCCUGAUCAGAUACGCAGCUAGUCAAGGGGUGCAGCUGAUGACCUUUGACAACCAAGUGGAGCUCGGGAAGGUCGCCCGGAGCCACCCGGCUGCCAGGAUGAUUCUGCGCCUGGCUACCGAUGACUCCAGGUCCUCUGCCCGUCUCAGCAUGAAGUUUGGUGCCACCCUCAAAUCCUGCCGACAUCUGCUAGAAACAGCCAAGGACAUGAAUGUCGAGGUGGUUGGCAUCAGCUUCCACAUUGGAAGCGGCUGUGCCGACCCGCAGAUCUUCACUCAGUCCGUAGCAGACGCUCGCCUGGUCUUUGAAAUGGGCGCAGAGCUGGGCUACAAGAUGCGCCUCCUCGACAUUGGAGGGGGGCUUCCUGGUGCCGAAGAGUCCAAAGGGCGCUUUGAAGAGAUGGCAGCUGUGGUCAACUCUGCUUUGGACCUCUACUUCCCAGAAGGCUGUGGAGUGGAGAUAAUUGCCGGACUGGGGCGCUACUAUGUGGACUCGGCCUUCACCUUAGCGGUCAACAUUGUUGCCAAGAAGGAAGUUCCCUUGGAUCAGCCGGGUUCUGAUGACGAAGACCCCGGUGGCAAGCGGAGCUUCGUCUACCACAUUAACGAUGGCGUUUUCGGCUCCUUCGGCUCCAUCCUCUUCCACAACACCUGCCCCGUCCCCAUCCUGCACAAGAAACCCUCUCCAGAUCCCCCCUUGUACAGCAGCAGCCUCUGGGGACCGACGGGAGAUGGACUGGACCGCGUGGCCGAGAGCAUGGAACUCCCAGAGCUCCAUGUCGGGGACUGGCUGAUCUUUGAGAACAUGGGGGCCCACACCGUACCGGCUUCCUCCUGGCUCAGGGGCGCCCAGCAAACACCGAUCCACUACACCAUGUCCAGGAUGGCCUGGGAAGCCGUCCAGCUCCUGCAGGGGAAACUGCUGCACCCCGAGGAAGAGGACCGGGAGAGCACGUGCGCCCCACUGUCCUGUGGCUGGGAGAUCACAGACAGCCUGUGUGUGGCCCCUGUCUUCACUCCAGCCAGCAUCAUGUAAGCCACGCCAAUCAUUCGCCGCAGGGGGCAGACCCUCCUCCCGACAGAUUCCUGCCACACUUUCUCUCCUGAUGGCCUGCCUGCCUGCCUCCUGCAUUUUCUGCCCUUGAGUAGGAGCUGUUUUUUCAAUGCUGUGUGGUUUUUAAGUAUGCAACAUAAACCCUGUUCCUCCUGAUCUCAGGGUCUCUUGUGCUCUCUCUGUGUGUGUGCAUGUGUGAAUGCGCGCGCAUGUGCAUCAAGAACAAAAUCUGCAGAGGGACUUGUACAGGUGACUUCAACAGCACCACCACUCAAUUCUGGCCAAAGUAAGAAACUGCAGGGAGACCAGGCAUACCGGCCAAGGAAGCCACAUAGGAACAUGGGUAAAGGUAAAGUGUGCCGUCGAGUUGAUGUCAACUCCUGGCAACCACAGAACCCUGUGGUUUUUCUUUGGUAGAAUACAGGAGGGGUUUACCAUUGCCUCCUCCCACACAAGACGAGAUGAUGCCUUUCAGCAUCUUCCUCAGGGGCAUAUCUAGGGUAGGGCAGGCAGGGCAUGUGCCCCGGGUGCCACUUGAAGGGGGGGUGCCAUUUUUCAAAAUGGGAAAGAAAAAAAAAAAGGCCACUGAAAACAAAAUGGCCACCACACAUGCUCAAAUGGCCUCUGCGAGGCCCUAGGCCUUGCCAGGCCUUGCAGAGGUCAUUUAAGCAUGCGUGGCAGCCUCCAAAAUGGCCAACACACUGAUCUUUGCAGGCCCAAACAGGCUUGAAAAUCAGCCUGGGACAGGCUGCGGCGGUGAAUUAAGAGGCCAGCGGGGGGAGGGGGAUCUUUGCAGACACCCCCCACAGCCUUUAGGAAGCCCCCUGAAGGGGCUAUAGGUAAUUUUUUAAAAUUUUAAUAUAAUAUAAGUCACUGUAUGCAUAUUCAGUUUGGCACUAUGUAUAGUGAAUCAGGGCUUGUGAAUACUGAGCUGAAGCUUAUGAGCUAGGAUAGUAUUCAUUUGCUCUUACUUUGCUUCUUGUGAUAAGUGAGUUAAAUGUGAUGUCUUAAUCAUAUGGCUACUAAUGGUGAGUUUUUCUUUGAAUCAGUGUGAAAUCCUUAGUAUUAAGGCCAGUGGGUGUUUCUAUCUCUCUUGCUCUCAUUUUAACUGUCUUUCUGAAAUACUAGAGUAUACUCCAAGCAGUGACACAGUUUAUUCUGCAUAUCCUUUAAUUAUUUUCAGAAUAUCUGGGAAAAGCCAAAUUCUCAUUUUAUUUUUAAAACGUAUGUAAUAGUGAUGCUACAAUGCAUAGUAGAGAAUUAGACAGGCACUUCUGUUUAGUUUUCCAAGUACACCUCCACAUAGUAUUUGGGUAUUUCAUGAGCCCCAGCAUACUGAAAUUUGUAGUUUUCCAGCAUUUUUUGGUCUGGCUAUGUCCACUGCUAAAUAGUUUUUGAAAUAUUAAAAGAUUAACGAGC